AUGAACAAAGAGGACGUUGAGGUGAACGGAGCCGAAGAGAGGAAAACAAGAACCCGGACAACUAGACCACCGGACUCAUCCACCGACACCGAGGACCUGAACACCACCGACAUACAGAUCUUAGCAGGACAAAAGAUGGCGACACCUACGGAGGUCCUCUUGGAGUGUUUGGAGGAUUUGCGAGCUGAUGACUUUAAAAAAUUCAAGUGGUACCUGUGUCAGCGUGGGGAGCUUGAAGGUUUCAAAACAAUCCCAAAGAGUCGACUGGAAAAUGCAGACAGAAUGGACACAGUGGAUCUGAUGGUCAAGAACUACUGUAUUAACACUAUUAAAGUGACCAGAAUGAUUUUGGGGAAGAUCAAUCAGAAUGAUCUAUUGGAACGUUUGUCAAAUACCAUCUCAGAUCCUUCAGAGAUUCUUGCUCAGUGCCAGCGCAAACUGAAGUCUAACCUGAAGGAGAAGUUCCAGUGUGUGUUUGAGGGGAUUGCUAAAGCAGGAAACAGAAAGAAGCAGAAAACCCUUCUGAAUCAGAUCUACACAGAGCUCUACAUCACAGAGGGAGGGACUGCAGAGGUCAAUGAUGAACAUGAGGUCAGACAGAUUGAAACAGCAUCCAGGAAACCAGACAGACCAGAAACAACAAUCAGACAAGAAGACAUUUUUAAAGCCUCACCUGGAAGAGAUGAACCAAUCAGAACAGUGAUGACAAAGGGAGUGGCUGGCAUUGGGAAAACAGUCUUAACACAGAAGUUCACUCUGGACUGGGCUGAAGACAAAGCCAACCAGGACAUACACUUCACAUUUCCCUUCACUUUCAGAGAGCUGAAUGUGCUGAAAGAGAAAAAGUACAGCUUGGUGGAACUUGUUCAUCACUUCUUCACUGAAACCAAAGAAGCAGGAAUCUGCAGGUUUGAAGAGUUCCAGGUUGUGUUCAUCUUUGACGGUCUGGAUGAGUGUCGCCCUCCUCUGGACUUCCACAACAAUGAGAUCCUGACUGAUGUUACAGAGUCCACCUCAGUGGAUGUGCUGCUGACAAACCUCAUCAGGGGGAAAAUGCUUCCCUCUGCUCGCCUCUGGAUAACCACACGACCUGCAGCAGCCAAUCAGAUCCCUCCUGAGUGUGUCGGCAUGGUGACAGAGGUCAGAGGGUUCACUGACCCACAGAAGGAGGAGUACUUCAGGAAAAGAUUCAGUGAUAAGAAGCAGGCUAGCACCAUCAUCUCCCACAUCAAGACAUCACGAAGCCUCCACAUCAUGUGCCACAUCCCAGUCUUCUGCUGGAUCACUGCUACAGUUCUGGAGUGGACCAUGAAGAGUAGAGAGAGAGAAGAGCUGCCUGCAAGUCUGACGGAGCUGUACCUCCGUCUCGUGGUGCUUCAGUCUAAAGUGAAGAACAUCAAGUAUAAUGGAGGAGCUGAGACAGAUCCACACUGGAGUCCAGAGAGCAGGAAGAUGAUUGAGUCUCUGGGAAAACUGGCUUUUGAGCAGCUGCAGAAAGGCAACCUGAUCUUCUAUGAAUCAGACCUGACAGAGUGUGGCAUCGAUAUCAGAGAAGCCUCAGUGUACUCAGGAGUGUUCACACAGAUCUUUAAAGAGGAGGACUGUGGGAUGUUUAAAGAAACGGUGUUCUGCUUUGUCCAUCUGAGUGUUCAGGAGUUUCUGGCUGCUCUUCAUGUCCAUCUGACAUUCAUCAACUCUGGAGUCAAUCUGCUAGAAGAAAAAAAAAAAUCCUGGUGGUCUAAAAUCUUUAAAGAAAAAAAAACUGAACAGACACGUUUCUGCCAGAGUGCUGUGGAUGAGGCGUUACAGAGACCAAAUGGAGACCUGGACUUGUUCCUCCGCUUCCUCCUGGGUCUUUCACUGAAGACCAAUCAGACUCUCCUACGAGGUCUGCUGACACAGACAGGAAGUAGUGCACAGACCAAUCAGAAAACAAUUGAGUACAUCAAGAAGAAAAUCAGUGAGAAUCUGUCUGCAGAGAGAAGCAUCAAUCUGUUCCACUGUCUGAAUGAACUGAAUGAUCGUUCUCUAGUGAAGGAGAUCCAACAGUACCUGAGAUCAGGAAGUCUCUCCACAGAUAAACUGUCUCCUGCUCAGUGGUCAGCUCUGGUCUUCAUCUUACUGUCAUCAGAAAAAGAUCUGGACGUGUUUGACUUGAAGAAAUACUCUGCUUCAGAGGAGGCUCUUCUGAGGCUGCUGCCAGUGGUCAAAGCCUCCAACAAAGCUCUGCUGACUGACUGUAACCUCUCAGAGAGAAGCUGUGCAGCUCUGUCCUCAGUUCUCAGCUCCCAGUCCUCUUGUCUGAGAGAGCUUGACCUCAGUAACAACAACUUGCAGAAUUCAGGAGUGAAGCUGCUGUCUGCUGGACUGGAGAGUCCACACUGUACACUGGAAACUCUCAGGUCAGGAUUCAUCAACCUGUUCUGCUGCUCUGACCCCCCUCCUCCUUUCAGGCUGCAGCCUACUGGAGACCGAUGGUUGACACCAGGUCUGAGGAAGUAUUUCUGUCGACUCACACUGGAUCCAAACACAGCAAACAGAAAACUCAAACUGUCUGACAACAACAGGAAGGUGACAAAUGUGAAGGAGGAUCAGUCAUAUCCUGAUCAUCCAGACAGAUUUGAUGUCUGUCGUCAGCUGCUUUGUAGAAAUGAUCUGACUGGUCGCUGUUACUGGGAGGUCGAGUGGAGAGGAAACGUUUAUAUAUCAGUGAGUUACAGAGGAAUCAACAGGAAAGGAAAUGGUGAAGACUGUUGGUUUGGAAGGAAUGAUCAGUCCUGGAGUCUGUUCUGCUCUGAUGAUCGUUACUCUGUCUGGCACAAUAAGAGAGAAACAUCCAUCUCCUCCUCCUCCUCCUCCAUCUCCUCCUCCUCCUCCUCUGUCUCUAACAGAGUAGGAGUGUAUGUGGACUGUCCUGCUGGCCCUCUGUCCUUCUACAGAGUCUCCUCUGACACACUGAUCCACCUCCACACCUUCAACACCACAUUCACUCAGCCUCUGUGUGCUGGGUUUACAGUCUGGUCGGGUUCAGUGUCUCUGUGAUCUCUGUAGGAGGAAGAGUCUCCUCCUGUUAGAGAAACUUUCUCAUGUUAUUUAGUACCAACCUGAUCUCUCACUGCUUGUAAAUGCAGUUUCUAAACCAACAUGGUUUCCACAUGACUGACAGUUUGUUUGACAUUUAAAAAGCUGUAAAAAAGAAGCUGAUGUUCUCAGAGCAGAUAGCUCAGUCUGUUAGAGGACUGUUUGGAGGUUCGGAGGUCGUGGCUUUGAUCCUUAUGAGUCUCAGUGAAACUCAGAAGCUCUCAGAGAGAAAACCACCAGCGGCUGAAAGUUUACUGAAACCUCAAGUUGUGACCAAGGUUUUUAAAAAUGUUGGAAGAGUUUUGCCAACUAACUAUAACACACAUAAUGACAGUAAGUAUCCGCUGGCCUAUAGAGACUCUUUGUUGUUUUUACUCUUAUUUGUUGUUCAAUUAGUUGUUUUUUUAAUCAUAUAGUCAAUUCAGAAAGCGACAUGUUUUUAUGUGUCUCUACUGGAUGUGCAUGUAGAGCUGUAAAUAAACAUUAUGAUUCAGAGAUUCAUCAAUUCAUGGUUUUGUCUAUAAAAUGUCAGGAAAUUGUGUAAAUUGUGUAAAAUGCUGGUUGUAAUUUCACAGAGUCAAAGGCGACGUCUUUAAAUGUCUCAUUUUGUCUGAACUAAAGUCCAGAACAGUCAAAUAUUCUGUUUAUUAUCAUGUAAGACAAAGAAAAGCAUUCAAUCUUCACACCUGAGAAGCUAAAAGCAGAAAAUGUUUGCUUCAAAAUGACUCAAAUGAUGAUUAAGUGUUAAUUUAGUGUUGAUGGAUAAUCAAUGAAUGGACUAAUUGUUGCAGCUCUGGCUGUAUGUGAACAGAAUAUUAGAGGACAAACAGCUGACAGUUUAGCGCCUUACUAAAUAUCCACAAUAAAAAGCUCAUUUACAGGAUCAUCGAUCUGUUUACAAUCUGUUUGAAAUGUUUCUUAUUUCCUGUUUUUGUGUUGUACCAAGUAAAGUUGAUCAUUUGUAUGUUUAUGUUACUCAGGCAGAAAUAAAUGGAACUGCAGUAUCACCUGUUAUGUCCAAUAAAAAAGGAUCAUAAAUAAUAAUAGAAGCUUUCAUUUGAUCUUUAUUGUCAGAUUCAGAAAAAUGGCACUCUAAUAAUAAGCUGAACAUUAUUAAUAGUUCUAUUGUUUAUUCACACACAGUUUAGCGCAGGGUCAGUUUCUCAUUUCUACAACCUUCACACAACUCAACUUUGAAUGAAAAGUCACAUUUUGAUAUAAAUCAUCAACAUUAAUAGUUAUAUUUGGAAAAUGUGCUUUGGACAAAAAGCAAGUGUUUUCUUCUCCAGGAAGAAAACAGUGAAACACGUGUGUCGGUUAACUUUCUGCACACAAAGUGAAUACAGACGUCCGUUUGUCUUCUUCUGCUGUGACGAUCAGCGGGUCAGAGGUCAGAUCAGGUAUGUGACGAGGAGCUGAGAGAGGAAACCAAGAAGAAAGUCAAAAGCUCACAGCUCAACAUCCAAACACAGACUGCACACAGAGCUGCAAGCAUGGAGGAGAAACCAUCACAUCUACAGAUCCAGGUACAGUUCUCCACUUUACUUUAUCACAGAAAAACUCUCAUUUUUCUCUUUUUCACUUCAUUUGAAAGAUGAAGAAAACAUCUGGACUCCUGCUGUCAAACUUCAUCCAAACUAACAGCUGUUUUCUAUUUCCAUCAUGCUGAACAUGCAGGUUUGGAAAAACUAAAUCUUUCUCCAAAUGUCACCAAACAAGACUUUUACAGUCCGUUAAGAAACUCUUAUUAUCAGAAAUAAACAUGUGUCUGAUUUUACAGUCCUGAACAUUUUCACAUGUU